GAAUUAGCCUUAAUGACAUGUACGCUACAAAAUGUGAUCAUUUUAUAUGUCGACUGUAACAUGAGGACAGGAGAGCGUGGUUGUGUUUUUUUUCCCCUUUCAAAUACAGCUGAUCCUACUGCUCUGGGAUUCAUCAUUUCUCCAUGGUCUCUCCUGUUGCUUCCAUCUGGCAGUGUAUCAUUUACUGAUGAAAAUGUCUCCCAACAAGACCUGCGAGCAUUCACAGCACCAGAGGUUCUGCAGAACCAUUCUCUAUCAUCUCUGUCAGAUGUUGAAAAGGUCCAUAUUUAUUCUCUUGGUAUGGCACUCUUUUGGGGAGCUGACUAUGAAGUUCCUCAAAGUCAGCCUAUCAAACUUGGAGAUCAUCUCAACAGCAUACUCCUCGGCAUGUGUGAAGAUGUCAUUUAUGCCCGUGUAUCUGUACGGACUGUUCUGGAUGCUUGCAGUGCCCACAUAAGGAACAGUAACUGUGCCCCUUCUUUUUCAUACGUGAAACAGUUGGUCAGACUGGUUCUGGGAAGCCUGUCUGGGGUGGAUCAACUUUCUUGCAAUGGAGAUAGAAAAUUGCAGCCAGACAGGAGCCAGGCCAUUCGGGAGAGACUGAGGGGAAAAGGACUUCCCACAGGAAAAGCAUUGAUGGUCGAUGCGCCUGAUGGACACAAAGCACACUUCUCUCAACAGACCAUGCUUAACAAAGGACUUAGCAAGUCUAUGGGAUUUCUGUCCAUUAGAGGAACACAAGGCGAGGAGGAGUUUUUCCAGGGCAUUUCUGCAGAUUACAGCUCGGGACAGGAAGAUGUUUUCUGUCCUCAUAGGUGUAAAGCCAGUGAGUUUGGGAAAAAAGGUCACCUUCAUACAGAUGUCACUCCCAAGCGGAAAGUAUGGGCUUCCUCCACAGAUUUGCUUUGCACAACUGACAAGGCAGCUGAGAGGGACCAUGCUGGAGGCUGUCACGGGCACAACCAUCAGUGUGAAACAUUUACAGUACGGACUUCUACUGCUACCAGAAACAAGGAAGCAAGAUACUCUGAUGGGAGCAUAGCACUGGAUGUCUUCGGACCACAAAAACUGGACCAAACACGCCAUGUGCCAGAGACAUCAACUUCUGCAGCAAUAUCAAGUGCCUUUGACAGGAUAAGAGAGAGACAAAAGAAGUUGCAACUCCUGAGGGAAGCUAUGAAUGUAGAAGAGCCUUUGAGAAGGUACAAAUCUUACCACAGCGACGUUUGUAGUACUUCAAGUGAAAGUCCAUCUGUUAUUUCUUCGGAACCAGAUUUCAGGCAAGUGAGAAGAAAUGAAGGUUUCAAGAGGGAUGAUGCCAGUGGUGCUUUGCCAGGUGCUGAUGAUAUCUCCACAUCAAGUCAAGCUAAUUCUCAGAGGUCAAGGCAACAUGAAGCACCAUUUGAAAGCAAUCUAAUAAGUCAAGAAGUGAUGCUAAAGCGUCAGGAAGAAGAAAUGAUGCAAUUGCAAGCUAGAAUGGCUCUCAGGCAGUCCCGACCUAACCUCUACCCAGGAGAUGCAAUUAAAUCCUCAAUGCUUGACAUCACCAGAGAUCCGCUGAGAGAAAUAGCCCUGGAAACAGCCAUGACACAAAGAAAACUGAGGAAUUUCUUUGGCCCUGAGUUUGUGAAAAUGACGAUUGAGCCAUUCGUCUCCUUGGAUCUGCCGAAGUCUAUCUUGACUAAGAAAGGGAAGAAUGAUGACAGCAGGCGAAAAGUAAAUGUAAUGCUUCUAAGUGGGCAGAAGCUGGAACUGACCUGUGAUACCAAAACGAUAUGUAAAGAUGUCUUUGAUAUGGUUGUUGCCCAUAUUGGCUUGGUGGAGCAUCACUUGUUUGGAUUGGCUACGUUAAGAGACAAUGAAUAUUUCUUCGUUGAUCCUGACGUAAAGCUAAGUAAAGUGGCUCCAGAAGGAUGGAAAGAAGAACCGAAGAAAAAGAACAAGCCCCCUGUCAACUUCACUCUGUUUUUUCGCAUAAAGUUUUUUGUGGAUGAUGUCAGUCUUAUACAGCAUACGCUGACCUGUCACCAGUAUUAUCUACAGUUGCGGAAGGACAUCCUGGAAGACAGGAUGCACUGUGAUGAUGAGACAGCCUUAUUAUUAGCAUCCCUAGCUCUCCAAGCUGAGUACGGAGAUUACCAGGCAGAGGUGCAUGGCAUGUCAUAUUUCAGACUAGAACACUAUGUCCCGGCUAGAGUGAUGGAGAAACUAGAUCUGUCCUACAUCAAGGAAGAGCUGCCAAAAUUGCAUAGCACUUACGCGGGUGCAUCUGAAAAAGAGACAGAGUUAGAAUUUUUGAAGUUGUGUCAGAGGCUCACAGAAUAUGGGGUUCAUCUUCAUCAUGUGUUGCCUGAGAAGAGAUCCCAAACAGGUAUCCUUCUGGGAGUAUGCUCCAAAGGAGUUGUUAUUUUUGAAGUUCACAAUGGUGCCCGCACACCUGUACUACGCUUCCCAUGGAGAGAGACAAAGAAAAUAUCCUUUAGUAAGAAGAAAAUAACUUUGCAGAACAUGUCAGAUGGUAUCAAGCAUGCGUUUCAGACUGACAGUAGUAAGACUUGCCAGUACCUUUUGCAUCUCUGCUCUUCCCAGCAUAAGUUCCAACUACAGAUGAGAACCAGGCAGAGCAACCAAGACACUCAGGACAUUG